GAUUAAGGAUUGCCCCAAAAAGGCAAUAUCUAUAAUAACUUUUAUAUAUUGUCAUCUACUUGGAACCUUAAAGCACCAUGAACUUACGAAGAAAACUAGGCAUUAAAAGCAACUGAUAUUUAUAUUUAGACUUGAGUCUUAGUAAGUGCUGUGGCCUAAUUUAAGUCUUAAAAUUGUGUUGUUAGGCUGCUUCAUGUCUGUGAGAUUUAAAUCUAUAAUAAUAGUGGAAUUUCUUGAAAAUAAACAUGCUUAAUCUCAGAUUGUAAUAUUUUAUGUUAAAUUUGAAAAGAAAGUUGUGAGAGCAGCCGAUGGCUAUAUAGAAAACCAUUUAAUUUUUAGAGGAAGAAACAAGGCACCAGAUGAAGAAAACAAGGCUUUUCCUGGAAACAAAGAUGGCAAGGGCAGUGUAAAUAACAGAACUGGUGCCUUCAGCAACAAAUGAGAGCAGCAUUGUAUGACAAUCUCUUUUCACCUUUUCUUCAGCUGCAGGGGUGAUGAAUGUCUGAUCUUCAUUUUAGUUUAUGUAGAUGUCAGAAACAGCCAUAUUUUGCUUCCCUGAAUAAGCAGUAACAAUGUCUAUUAAAUUGUUUGCUCCUGCUUCGUAGAAUGCAAAACUAGAUGCAGCAGCAGAAUAGCAAAAAGUGAAGAAAAGAAAAGCAGUAGAAAAGUGAACAGGGAAAUGCUCACGGAGGAGGAGGAUUCUACCUAUCCCUGCUGCCUACUUUUCUCCUUGUUGAGGGCCAGCAAUAAGGCAGCACUGCCAGAAGCUAUUUGUUUCUUAUUUAGGUUGAAUACCAGAUUCCGUGUAGGAAAAAUACAUAAUGGAUCCUAGCAGUGAUUAUCACUUCCUUCAUCAUGUUUUGGGGAAAACUGUACAAAUCACGUUGAAAUGUGGCACAUUCCAGGGGAUAUUGCAACAUGUGGACUCCAGUCAAUGUAUCUUUCUAAACAGAGUUAAGAAUUUGGAAAGUGGCAGAAAUGUACCAGGAGUAAAGAAGUUCUUUGGCCAUGAAAUUGUUAAUGUGCAAUUGCUUGAUGAUCUAGAACAGUGUGCUGCAGAAAGAAACACAACUCCUGCUGGAUCCAGAGAAUUUCUGUCUACUAAGUUGUCUGCAGUUGACCAAGGAUCACCGCUGAAGCAAAGCACUCAUAGAGCUAAAGUUGCUUCCCCAGUGAGACAGCAUCUCUGUUUGGGUAAUGUUAAGUUUCCCGAUGAAAAUAAAGGGGAAGACAUAGAAUAUAUUGUUAUUGAUCAAUUCCAGAAGAAAUUUGGUUCUGCUAUGAUGCACAUCAAAAAGCAAAGCGUAUGUAGUAUAGCAGCAGAGGGUGUCAAUUUGUGUCGGUAUGGAAAACUCGCUUGGUUACAAAUUGCAACAAAAAGUCAGGUUUUCUUAUUUGACAUUUUUCUUCUGGGAGCUCGAGUGUUCAAGAAUGGACUACAAAUGAUAUUGGAGGACCAGAAUAUUUUGAAAGUUAUCCAUGAUUGUCGUUGGCUUUCAGAUUGUCUUUCUCACCAAUAUGGAAUUGUGCUGUCCAAUGUCUUUGAUACACAGGUUGCUGAUGUAUUGCAGUUCUCAAUGGAAACAGGUGGUUACCUUCCACACAGGAUCAGCUCUUUACAAGAGUGUUUAAUACGGUAUCUGGGGCUGCCCUACAAAUGUAUCUCUUUCUUGGAAUACAGGCAGCAAGCAGUUGUGAAAAAUCCCGAGGUCUGGUUUGUGCGACCCCUUCCACCUGUAUUGAUGAAUGUAUUAGCUCUGGAAACAGUGUACCUCCUCCCUCUUCGUUUGCUGCUGCUUGAUGAAAUUAUGUCUGAUUUAACAACUUUAGUGGAUGGAUACUUGAAUGCAUUUCGGCAAGGAUCUGCAGACCCCCUGGGAAGCAUAGAAAUAUCUUCUAUGGAGUUACCAGAAGAGCUACGACAACUGGCAGAUGUUUAUAACAUACGAAGAAAGACUGCAGUGCAAAAGUUCCAGCUCAGUGAGGAAGGUUUCCUCAUCAGAAAACAAGUGGAGCCAAUAAGAAGGAAAAUGGCGGCGAAAGAAGCAUAUCCUAAAACAUUCUGUCCACGUUCUGUCCAUCUCUGGCUUCCUGGUAGUCAGGGCAGUUAUGAAAAAGAAGAAAUAUAUCACCAUGAUAACCAAGAGCCCACAAUUGGCAGUGGUGAGAUAGAAUCUAAAAUGGAAACAAAAGGAGGUAUUUCAUGUAAACUGACAUUGGAAGAGACUAAAAUGUAGGGGAAAAAAUUCUCUCCAAUAUUCAAACCACAAACAAAUAUCAGUUUUACUUUAGAAAAAGAAAUCAGACAGGUUUUGAAUGACAAGCAUGAAUAAACAGAAACUCCUAUGCCUGUCUUUUUAGCUCAAAAAAUGAAUAAUAUACCUCAGUUCUCAUUUCAAGAUAUAAGGUUGCCUUUGCCUUCUGUGGGGCUGUCUUGCCAAUCCUGGUCUGACACUGUUGGAAUCUCAUUUAUCUGGCAAGUCAGAUUACUAUCCUUUUUUCCAUAAGAGGAAAGAAAGUGGGGGUCUUCCAAAUUUAACUGCCAGCUAAGAGUAUUAAGCUCUAGAGACCAAGAGCAGAAAUUAUUUUCUUUAGGAUUGGGGGCUUCCAUUGGAACAACAAACAUGGGAUUCAAUAUUCUUUGCUGCAAUGCAGAACUGUCUCUCAUGUAAUACAGUUGACACUGUUUGUUCACUAUUUGCUCGCUGGAGAUUCAGGGCUUACUCUUUUCAAUUUCCAAAUAAUCAGAGUAGAUUGCCCAUCUAAGACCAAACAGUUGCAUAACAGGAAAAGGCUUCCAACCUUGUUUAUAGAUUAGGUUUUUGUUAUGUUCAUUAAUUUUAUAUCACUGGAAACAUAUUUACUGAAAUACUAAGUAUUAGCCCAGGAUAACUGCUUAUUUUUUUGCACAAGGUAGCUAUAGAUAACUGUAGUUUGAGGGGAAGAUCCCCUCAUGAAGGAAUCAGCAAACUUCUUUUUCUAAUAAGUUAUCUACACCCUGAUGCAUUUUAUUCUGGAGAGGUAUUGUAGUUCACAUUAUUAAUAUAAGUAGAGUAUGGAAUAUGUGGUCCAAGUUUGUAAAAGUACCUUUUUAACUGAGAUAGGAAAAGGCCCACAAUCAGGUAAUAUAGAACCAUUGUAACAGAUUUGUGUAUUUGAAAAUAGGUCAGAUAUUGCCUGGGGUGCACUUGAACAAAUGCAGAUUUAGUAAUGUGAAGCUAUGAUUUCAAAGACAAACAUGACAUUCUUCUUUGAGAUUUUUUUUCCUGUAG